UAAUAAAGCUUAAUUGAUAAACUGUGGAAAGCUGAAAGUGCUAUCAUAUGAACCGGGGAUUAAUGAUGCAGCUUUUAUUGGAUUAGGAGAUAAUGAUGGCUUUCUGGUCAUACAAUUGAGUGUUGAGAAUUUGAACCCAACGAAACGGAGUGUCGUUGAGCGUUCGUUCGCCAUUCCACUUCCAGUAUCCCACUCGACCGCCGUCCAAUGGGAGACACUGGAACCUGUCCAUCGUUUUCUGCACGCGCUACGCACACUGAGAACAGUUAGAUGCAUAUGCUUUAUUCUCUUUACCAUUUUUCAAUCCUUCUCUCUCUCUCUCUCUCUCUCUCUCAAGCUUUUCUUCGAUCUUUCUCCAUGGAGAUGGAAGCGGAGGACGACGACCAAUCUCAGCCAAACAGGCUACGACAGAAGGCAUAUGGAGAAAAUCCUCGUUCUGCCAGGUGCCAUCUGGAUGGAGUUCACAAAACCAACAUUACUGAAGGGAAUAAGAAAAGAAAAUUACAGACUGAUCAACUGGAUUUGCCUAGAUCAAAGCACAAAUGUUGGGUUGGGAGAUUCUCCUCUGAACAUGGUUCAAUGUCCGAUGACAAUCUAGAGCUAGGGAGCACGCAUAUGCCCAUGUUCAUGAGUGAAACGUAUGCGUCAGCUCUUGAUAUUUCAGAAACCAAAUCUUCCAAAGGCAGCAAUAAUUUCAGUGAAGAUUCAGACGCUGCCAUGUCUGUAAAUGAUGAACCAAAACAUCAGAUGGAUUGUCCUAAACCAUACCUGUACGGAAGGCCUUCCUAUUCUUUUAUUAAUUGGGAUGGCUAUUAUUUCAAGAAAAGUUGUCGUGAAGAGGACACAGUUGUUGAAAGAGAAUCAUCCUACGAUUAUGAUGAUGAUAUACAAGCUUUGGUGAAUCUUGAGGAGCACUCUCUGGGUUUAGGAAUUUGUAGAGAUCAUGAUUACUCAGACUAUGUGAAAAAAGGCAACGAGCAUUCCAGAGAAAAAGAAUUUGAAGAUGUUUUUGCUGCUCAUGGGGCAAAUCCUAGCAUUUAUAUCCUAUCAUCUGGAAAAUGGGAUGUGAACCAAGAGGCUGAAUCAAGCACAAGGCCGCCAACAAUUGAUCAAGAAUUUGAGCAGUACUUUUCCAUGCUUAUGCUUUAGCAGACUAGCAUAGAUCACUUAUCAUAAAGGAUGUUGAUGUAUAAAGCCACUGGACGCUUGGUUCAACUAAUAAGGGAGUCAUAUCCUCUUAAUUAGAAGUCUCAAGUUUGAGUUUUGGAAAUGCAGUAAUAUUGGUGACAGUGUUUCCAUAUGAAAA